AACUUUGAUUUUUGGUGAAGUUGAAGAGAACAUGUUACUCGUGGACUAAUGUCUAAUACUACAAAGCUCCUAAUGAACCCAAAAGGUAGAGUUAUCUUAUCGGCAUAUUGCAGUAUUUUUCGUCUAAUCAGUAUGCAAACACCCAAAUUCGUUGGCUCAAUCAAGUCGGUCUCAGCAGCAAUAGUGUAAUACUAUAAGCACACACUAAUUCAGGGACGCCCUUAGUUCAUCCAAAAUCAGAAAAAUUGUCACUUUUUACUACUUAUAAGAAAUCGAAAGUUGUCAAUCAGUCUUCGUCAUUAGAAUUUGAAGUAAUUCUUGAAAUUUGUUGGGAUCUCUCAGAGAUUAUCAAAAGGGUAGCAGACAUUUACUAGUGGAAAAAAGAAACAAGUGAAAGGAUGAGUGGAGAAGCAGAUAUUGUCGUCACUGAAUCUCAGCACAUUCCAACUUCGCCACCACAACAAACACCACUUCAACAACCAAAACAAGAACAACAACAACAAGAAGAAAAGGAACAACUACAACAAGAAGAAAAAGAAGAAGAACAACAACAAGAAGAAAAGGAACAACAACAACAACAACAACAACAGCAACAAGAAGAACAACAAGAUGAGAAACAAAAGGAACAAGAAGAAGAAGAUGAGAAACAAAAUGAACAACAAGAUGUGAAACAAAAGGAACAACAAGAAGAUGUGAAACAAAAGGAACAACAACAAGAAGAUGAUGAGAAACAAAAUGAACAACAACAAGAAGAUGUGAAACAAAAGGAACAACAACAAGAAGAUGUGAAACAAAAGGAACAACAAGAAGAAGAUGAUGAGAAACAAAAUGAAGAAAGUAAGAAAGAAAAAGAGGCGCUUGAAGCAUUAGAAAUUGAACAAAAAGAGGAGAGAGAAAAUGAGAAAGAGGAAGAAGUUCAAGUUAAUGAACAAGAUGAAGAAGAAGAAACUCAAGUUAAUGAACAAGAUGAAGAAGAAGAAGCACAAGUUAAUGAAAAAGAUGAAGAUGAAGGUCCUCCGCCUGGUUGGGAUUCUCUUCCGCCUCCUCCUCCGCUCUCUACUCCCGAUCGGGGACAAAUGGUCUGUGGCUCCUGUCACCGCCUCCUUUCUUAUCCUCGAGGAUCGAAGCAUGUCCAAUGCUCAUGCUGCCAGACAGUGAACUAUGUACUUGAAGAGCAUCAAGUUGGACAAGUGAUGUGUGGAAGCUGUCAAGUGCUUCUGAUGUACCCUUAUGGGGCUCUUUCUGUUCGCUGCUGCUCCUGUCGUUCUGUCGUUUACAUUGGAGACCAUAACAAGCGUCCUCCCCUGUCCGAACAGCAGAGCCAAGCUUGCCGACCAUUUAGCAUCUCUCACUGAAGGCUCACAUUUCUAGCUCUAAUUUUCUUCUCAAAUGUAACUCCAGUUGUAAGUUUACGCCAGGAUGUUGGUUAUUAUCACAUUAUAGUAGGAGAUGACAACAGCUAGAUUUUGUUUUUUCUGAUUACAUUAAGGUAUUCUUGGUCUUGUUGCCAAAAGAUGCCUUAUGUUGACACAAACAGUAGCCAUUUUUACCUUUUAGAUGACAAAUUGAGAAAUCAGCUUCUCCAA